AUGCUCCCAUCUCCACAAAACACUUCACGAUGCACAAAAGUUCGUGCCAAAGAAAGGUUCACUCUUUGCCCCGAAUUCACACAACGCUAUCAUUCCCAUGAAUUUAUUGCUGAAGGAGGAAAUGGCAGGGUGUACAAAGUUCAAUUGAAACAUCUUUCUUCAGAUUUAUUUCGAGCGAUCAAAUGUAUUCCCAUCCAUGAAGAAGAAAGUGACAUGUCUGUUGAGGAUGCAAAAAAGGAAGCUCUCGUGACCAUGAAAUUUGCACACGAAAAUGUUCUUCCUGUGCAUGAGGUCUUGUCCGUGAAACAAAGUGAAGAAAUUUCAGUGAUUAUCAUUGAAAUGGAUUAUAUGAAGCUUGGAAGUCUUGCGGAUGUUGUUACAAAUUCGGAACCUUUCGAGGAAGACAUUUUGAGAAAUAUUUUGAAACAAGUUUGUUCAGCGUUGAGUUAUAUUUGGGAAAACUUUCGAGUGUUGCAUCGUGAUGUGAAAACUGGAAAUAUUUUAAUUCGAAGAAUGAAUUUAACAAGAAAUGACAUUUGUGUUUGUUUGAGCGACUUUGGAACUGCGAAAGAAGUUUUGAAUUCAUCCUCCUCUUGGUCACAUUCGAGAUCUUCUUGUGCAUCUACGGGAUUUAUUGGAACAAUUCAUUUUGCUGCUCCAGAAAUUCUUCACUUUCAAAUGACUCCAACACAACAAAGACAAUCACUGCCUUCUCCAUAUUCAGUGAAAUCUGACAUUUUUGCAUUGGGUGUCACAAUGGCUCAACUCAUGACUGGAGAUGUCUCAACCAAUUAUGCAUCACUAUCAAAAACACAAGGUCUCGUUCGAGAUGAUCUUUUGAAACAUCAGAGAAUCAAGUACAGUGAUACAUUCAUUUCCUUAAUUGAAAGAAUGUUGAACAAAAAUCCUGAGGAAAGACCUUCCUAUGAUGACAUCAUGAAUGAAUUGAGUCAAAUUUCAACAAGGACAUCAAUCGAAGGACAGGUGCAUCCAUCAACCACUGAAACAGAAGAACCAGCUGAACACAUAUUGCCACCUUUCGACCCUGCAUAUGAAGAUGCUGUUGUGAAUCGAUUGUUUGAUUUAUUUGGAGUCUCAUCUCCGACCAAGUUCAGAGAAGAGUCGGUGAGAAUUUGUUCUGGCUGUAAACACAAAGUGAAACACUAUGUUCGAACCUUGCUAGGGCAUUCUCAAAUCUCUUGUGGAUGUAGACUUGCCAGACAUUACUAUGAAAAACACAACUUGCCUACAACUGAAAUGUGUCCCUGUGAAAUGACAACUGACAUAAAUUAA